GCAUCUUGACCGACAUCACGAACACCUUCCACAUGACCGAGUCGCAGUCGGGGCUACUGCAAACGGCGUUCGUGCUCGUGUACAUGAUCAUGGCUCCUGUCUUCGGCUACCUGGGCGACCGGUUCUCCAGGAAGUACCUCAUGGCCGUCGGUAUCUUCUUCUGGUGCCUGGCGACGCUGGUGGGGUCGUUCAUGCCGAACUACCUGCUGUUCCUCCUGUUCCGUUGUUUUGUGGGUGUGGGGGAGGCAAGCUACUCCACCAUAGCACCAACAAUCAUCUCCGAUCUCUUUGUGAAGGACUUGAGAUCGAAGAUGUUGGCAGUUUUCUACUUCGCUAUCCCUGUUGGAAGUGGUUUGGGCUACAUCAUUGGUGCUGAAGUGACCAACCUCCUGUCAGACAGCCACGGGUCGGAAGCGUGGCGUUGGGGUCUAAGGGUGACUCCAGUCAUGGGCUUCCUGGCCCUGUUCCUGAUCUUGUGUUGCCUGGAGGAGCCCCCUCGAGGAGAGAGCGAAGGAGGCCAGCACCUCCAGUCCACCUCCUUCCUAGAGGAUCUCGGAUAUCUCUUCACCAACAAGAGCUUUAUCCUGUCAACCCUGGCCUUCACCUGUGUGACGUUUGUUGCUGGGGCCUUAGCGUGGUGGGGUCCAUUCUUCACUGAGCUCGGGGUCAGAAUCCAAGAUCAUCCCAAUGCCAAGGAGAAUGAUGUUGCCUUUGUAUUUGGAGCCAUUGCCAUGACUGCUGGUUUGAUUGGUGUCCCGCUCGGCUCCUUCACUGGCCAGAAACUCCGAAUCAAAUUCCCAUUCGCUGACCCAUUGGUGUGUGGCGUGGGGCUCCUCAUCUCAGUCCCGCUCAUCAUUGGCGCGAUGGUCUUGGCUGAAUUCAACACAGUUGUCUCCUAUGUUGUGGUGUUCUUCGGACAAGUCUUCCUCAACCUCAACUGGGCCGUUGUAUCAGACAUUGUCCUGUAUAUUGUGAUUCCCACAAGGAGAUCCUCGGCAGAAGCAUUCCAGAUUUUGUUCUCGCAUGCGUUAGGAGAUGCUGGCAGUCCAUAUCUCAUUGGUGUUGUUGCAGAAUCAUUGCAGCCAUAUAUUACCCCUCGCAACACUACCACAAAUACCACUAUGGAGCCUCCAUCCACCACAACACUAGAUUAUUUCAACUCUACAGAGGCCACCAUCACCACUACUGCAGCGCCUGAAGUUGAUGACUAUGUGAAGUUCAAGGCACUGCAGUACUCUAUGUUCCUGUGCGCUGUCAUCAACAUACUUGGUGCUAUCUUCUUCUUCUUGAACUCUUGCUUCAUUCGGAAAGAUAAGGAGAAGUGUGACCAGAUCAUUGCAGAUAACUCGGAACCCAAAUCACAGAAGACGGAUUCCAACGGCCAAUUAGUUGCUUCGGUCAGUGUGAUCCAAAGCACGACGCUCGUGGUCGACGAGUCCCAGAAGUGCUGAAGGACGUCUUGACAACAGAUUCCUUUCUUUUAGGUUGAUUAAUGUAAAGAAUGGUGACUAUUGAUUUAAGGGAAGUGUUUGCAUCCGGCUGGCUGUAGCAUCUUUCACCUCAGGGCAUUUCAGAGGUCAUAAUUAAUUUUCAUUUCAUUCCUCUUCCUCUUUCGAAAAAGAUAUAUAUACACAGAUAUACAUGUGUUUUUAUAUAAAUUGUGUGUGUGUGUGUGUUUGUCUGUCUGUCUGUCUGUCUGUCUGUCUGUCUGUCUGUCUGUCUGUCUGUCUGUCUGUCUGUCUGUCUGCGUCGUAAGGCCGAUAACUGGUUACAAACCGUUCUGAUUGGUCAACUAGUUACCCGCUGCGAUAACUGAAGCCUCCAGCCAAUCACCAACUGCGGUGCAUCAUCAAUCAUCCUGUCAUUAACGUGAUGGCUCAAAACGCUAGUCAAUCAGUGGAAAUAAAAUGGCCUUCGAGUCCAUUAGAGUCAGAUGAUAAAUUACUCUUAGAUUUAUGAAGUUGAAAUGCAUUGCCUCCUUUCUUUUUCACUUUGUUUCUCGUACAUCCAUAGACCGUGGAAUUAGAUACUUCACGGUAGCGCUAAAUUAUUAAGCCGGCUGCCACUUAAGUAUUCACUUGCGGCAUAAGCGCGUGGCAUUUCUACGACACCAUCUUUUAAGGAGAAAGUGCAAGUGACUUAUACAACGAACGCGAGUGGACAUAAUACUAAGUGACCGUUAAUGACACCAUACGGCUUUGCCUCACCCUAAAUAGUCCCAGUGGACUACUUAAGAAUGAGGUUAAUUUCGGUGAAGAACCACCUCCUGUUAUUUCACAGUUGUUUAAUGUGUUCAUGUUAGCAGCUUUCACAGUUCCUUUUUUAGAUCGUAAAUUAUUUUGAUAUGCAUCCAUUGAACUAUUCGUGGAUCAGCAUAGAUAGAUUGAUUUUACUGAAACAACUUUGAUAAAAAUACUAUAGUUAUGGCUAUGCUUUACGUUGAUCACGAAAUUACGCAUUGUGUAUUGUGUAGAAAACCAAUCUGUUCAUGGAUUUAAUUUUUAUAUUCGAACUUGAUGUAAGAACAGUAUUCAUGAUACUAUUUAUACCUUAACUUAACUGUUGUUAUAGCGAGCUUGGUAUUUUAUUAUGUUUUUAAGAGUAUGCUUAAUAUAUUAACCAAGCCCAAAACUUGUCAGGGAUUACAUUAUUGUAUAGUCAGUAAUUCCAUUUGUUUUUAUGUUGUCUUCAGUAUUGCCAUUAUCCGUUUUGCUUAAACUAUGUUAUCUUUUUUAUGACAAGACUAAGCCUAUUUUUAUG